UGAGUAGGAGGUAGCUCGUCCCACAGCAUUUCUGAAGAGAAAGGCUUAAAAUUGGAAGGAAAAGAGAGCUUAGAGUUAACUCGGGAAUACUGUUGACAAGGGGUGCGGGUAAGGAGAUCCCGCGGUUCUGAAGAAGCGGCAGGACAGGAUGCGGCCCCUGGACGUGGACGAGGUGGAAGCGCCGGAGGAGGUGGAGGUGCUGGAGCCCGAGGAGGACUUCGAGCAGUUUCUGCUUCCCGUCAUCAGCGAGAUGCGGGAGGACAUCGCGUCCCUCAUCCGCGAGCACGGGAGGGCGUACUUGAGGACCAGGAGCAAGUUGUGGGAGAUGGACAAUAUGCUCAUCCAGAUCAAGACCCAGGUGGAGGCGUCGGAGGAGAGCGCCCUGAACCGCGUUCAGUGUCCACGGGGCCAGGCUGACGAGAGGGUGUCGGAGUUGUGCGACAGGGCCGAGGAGAAGGCCAAGGAGAUCGCGAAGAUGGCAGAGAUGCUGGUCGAGCUCGUCUGCCGAAUAGAGAGGAGCGAGUCGUCUUGAAGGAGGCUGGGCGGUUCACAGUCAAUGGACUCUGGUCAGCUGGUAAGGAUGGACUGGCACCUUGAGGAAACUGAAACUUCUUGUUCUGUUUCUUUUUUGUGUGUGUUUUUACCCUUGUCUAACAGUCUGCCUUAGGGUCAGUGGUUGUGACUUUAAUAUGGGUUUAACUCAUUAAAUGUAUUUCGUUCUGGAAAGAUAACUUGUUGGAGAGAUAAUCUCAUAAGAGAAAUUAAGCUUAUUCAAAAGUUGUUUUACUGGUCACAUUUAUUCUUGUUACUUUGCUGUGUUUUUGAACUGUUGGGCAUGUCCUUGUAUUUUACUAUUACCUAUGUGACCUGAUUGUUUUUUGGAACUUUGGGACACGUGAAGACUUGGGGUCAGAACCUUCCAACUUUAUAGGUGCAGUGGAGGCACUACACUACAUGUUUGUAGCUGGUGAAAAUGUAUGAAUGAUACUGCUCUGCAGAAAGCUGGGAAGAACCAGAAGACAGUUGGAGAUGGAAGAUGGUUUUGUAUAUAUUUUAGGACUUUAGCUCGUCUGUGAGACGAAGAAGGUGAGCUGUGUUCUGUAGCACAUUGUCUGAUAUAAAUUGUGUAACCUGUCAGGUGAGUUGAUUUAGACAGCCUAGCUGGUGUUACAUGACAAAGAAGUUUGGAUGGGGAAUGAUGCUUUACUAUUGUGAAGCGUCACACAUUACAGGGGCUUCAGAGUAUAGCUGGAGAAAGGAAAAGGCAUCCUCAAGGCUUGUAAAGUCUCUUCUAGUUCCUCAGGGCAGUAGACCUGACAGGGAUUUGAGGUCGAAAUCAAACACUUAAUAAUUGUUCAUUUUCCUCAAAAAACAAAGACCUAAAAAGCCUUUUUUUUGCAAAAUAAAUUUUUUGUGCAAACCA